AUGAGAUGCCACGACAGAUUUGUUGUUCUCACCUGCCUACUAUGUGGUGGGUUUCUAGUCCUGACCUCCUGGUACACUACCUCCUGGUACACCACCGAACAAGAGGGACUAGACCAAUUCCAGGACCUCUACAUGAGGCUGAUGAUAGCUGAGCAACAUGGAGAGGUCGUAUCACACAAACUGCUUCAACUGCUGAAAAACAUCACAGUGACUACUAAUUCCACUACUGACAACCCAUUAGGUAAAUCUACACAAACAUCCAUGAAUAUAAAUCCAUACAUAUACUUUAUUAUUUGUGCGCUUCUGUACCUGCCACACCUAGGAGAGCACCGUGACAGCCUGGAGCCCAACAUUCACCUGGGACAGGGACGCACCGGAGUGUCACUGGUGUUAGGGGUCCCCACGGUGCAAAGACCAAAGGACAGUUAUCUAAUGACCACAUUAAGCUCUCUUGUCUACGACCUCUCACCUGAACAGAGGGCGGACCUAAUCAUUAUCGUUCUUGUAGCAGAGACAAACAGUGAGUUUUUAAACAGCGUGGCAGCCAGCAUUCAGAGAAAUUUUCCAGAGGAAGUGAAAUCUGGGCUGAUUGAAGUAAUUUCACCCUCUCAAUACUACUAUCCAGACUUUACCAACCUGAAGGCAACCUUUGGCGACUCGAAAGAAAGAGUCCAAUGGAGAACCAAGCAGAACCUGGACUACAGUUUCCUUAUGAUGUAUGCUCAGCAUAAAGGUGCAUACUAUAUUCAGCUGGAAGACGACAUUGUUGCUAAGUCAGGGUACAGUGAGGCUAUAAAGGCCUAUAUCAGUACUGUGAGAAGUCAGAAGUGGUUGUUCCUGGAGUUUUCUGCACUGGGCUUUAUUGGAAAGCUUUUUCAAGCUUCAGACUUGCCAACUGUUGUGGAGUUUUUUCUCAUGUUUCACAAGGACAAGCCCAUUGACUGGCUGCUGGAUCACAUCCUCUGGGUCAAAAUGUGUAACCCAGAAAAAGACUUUAAACACUGCAAUAAUGAAAAGGCCAAAAUGAAGCGCACCUACAAACCCUCCCUGUUUCAGCAUGUGGGUCUGCAUUCAUCUCUGCCCGGCAAAGUACAGAAGCUGAAAGAUAAAGACUUUGGAAAACAGCCCCUGUUUAAGCCCCACCCAAACCCAUCUGCUGUGUUGAAGAGCAGCCUGAAGGUUUAUCAGGUCCACUCUCUGGACAGGGCUUAUAGAGGACAAGACUUCUUUUGGGCUCUGACACCCUCCAAAGAAGACUACAUCCUUAUCACAUUCAACCGACCGCAGAACGUCAAUGGGUACCUUUUCAGAAGUGGAAAUAUUGAGACAAAUUCAGAUAAGUUUUACAACACUACUGUGGAGGUGCUACCAAGUGACGUUGCAGUAAGAGAGACUGGGGAGAAAGGACUGCUCCAGUGUUGUAGACAUUCCUCAGAUGGCUUCGUAGUAGUAGGCUCUUUUUUAAAUGGAAUAGCAAAAGGUCAGAUUGCCCCGGAGCUGCAUAAGGUAGCUGCCAUGCGUAUGACUGUUCAUUCCAACUUAGAAUCCUGGGUCAUCCUAAGUGAGCUGUUUAUCGAAAUUCAAAUCCGAAAACGGAGAUCCAAGGGCUUGCAGACCCCUGUUGGCUGA